CUGCGGAGGUGAUAACUACGACAGCAAUAAGGUAAAAGAAAACAGUGAUAACAAUAUUAGCGGCAUCGAAGCACCAGCACCAGCACCAGAAGCAGCAGCAGCAGCAGCAGUAGCAGCAACAGUAGCAGUAGCAGCAGCAGCAGCAGCAGCAGUAGCAGCAGGAGCAGCAACAAUAAUAGCAAUAACGACCACAAUAACGUAUAACAACUGCAGCCAAUAAUAGAGCAUAACAAAAACCGAAAACGGCAUUAAGAACAAGAAGAAGAAGAAUUAAAAACAUGUAACGCAGUACAAGCGAACCAACAGCGGGGGAAACAACAACAAUCACGAAAAAGACAACAACAACCGCAGGAAUGUAACAAUUAACAACAACAACAACCGCAACAAUAACAAAACACCACAGAACAAGGGGCCAGCGGUAGCGGCUAUUUUUUUUUUUUUUUUAUAUCUCUGAAGCCAUGAAGAUAGAUAAGCGAGAAUCACAGCGGAGAUCUAGCGGGGUUGCUUGUCGCCGCCGUGGUGGUGGUGUCAACGUUUGCUAGACACUUGCUGAGAUGUUGGUUGCGUGUUCGAGUUGAAUGGCUGUGAACGGGGGGAGAAAGAAGAAGAAGAAAAAGAAGAAGAAGAAAAACGCAACGGCGGGAAUCGGCGCUAAAUUUCGAGUGACUUCUGUCUCCUCUCAGAUUUAGUCACACGAAUUACACACACACACACACACACACACACACACACACACACACAUACACACACAUAUAUAUAUAAUAUAUAUAUUAUACUACAUACAUAUAUAUAUAUAUAUACAUAUAUAUAUAUCACACUAUAUAUAUAUAUAAAUAUAUAUAUAUAGAUAUAUAUAUACAUAUAUAUAUAUAUAAAAUAUUAUUCAUGGCUGGAGUGAGAGUACUAUGUCACAGAACAUGAACAACCAACUAUUGCUUACAGUAUUGUCGUUUGUGGCAGGUGCUGGAGCGCUGGUCACCCUCGCCCUGGCUGUGGCGACAGACUCUUGGCUAUACACCGUAGAAGUCAUCGAUUAUGAAGUUGAAAACACUACGGUUGUAAUUACGGUGAAAAUCCAUUCCGGACUGUGGAGAGUGUGUAUAGUAAACGUUAUAUCAAAUGAAGAAUACGCUCCAGGCGAAGAGAAAUCUUUUUGUGCUAACAUUGACUAUUACAAUCAAGGUUAUGAACGAGUGGAAAAAGCCAGUACAUCAAUGGCCAUAACACGGGCCAUCCGUUUAUCAGCGCCAUACCCAGUUGUUGCUCUCUUGAUGAUUGUUAUAGCAGCCAUUAUCAGCGUUAUUGGCAACAUUAGAACAGAUGUAAAAACUUUGAUCGGAGCUGUUAUAUAUGUUUUCUCCGGUCUGGCUCUAUCUGUUGGAAUUAUAUUAUAUAUAUCUGCAGUGAAUGAUGAAGUUGGCCACCGAGCCAAGGUAGCUGGCGAAGAAGAACCAAAGUUCUCCUAUUUCUAUGGUUGGUCAUUUUUCUUUGCCGGCGUCUCUUUCAUUACGUCGGAAAUGGCGGCGGUGUUUGGAAUCUCACUGUAUCUUCUUCGCAGCGCGCAUGUGGACGAUAUGGUACGAAUAAUUCCAGGUCUCGAGGAUAAAGUCGACUCCGAUUAUAUGCAAGAUAAUGAAGUUGGAAUUCAAUCCGCUACCAUCGUCUUAUGAGCACUGUAAAGAUGUAGUAAUAAGUGUAAACCUACAUACAUACACAUAUAUAUUUAUAUUGUAUAAAAUACAUAUGCAUAUAUAUGUAUAUACAUAUGAAUAUGCAUGAAAAUAUAUAUACACAUAAUAUAUAUUUGAAAACAUAUAUAUAUAUAUAUAUGCACGCAUGUAUGUAUAAAGUGAGUAGUAUUUAUACAUUUGUAUUCCAAAAUCAAUAGAUUUGUGUAAAUACACUCCUCACCCCACAGUGCCAUUUAGAACAUGCACACGUGUGUGUGUGUGUGUGUACAUAUAUACAUAUAUAUAUAUAUAUAUAUACACACCACAUAUAUAUACCUUACACAUACGUAUAUAUACAUCAUAUAUAUAUAUACAUAUAUAUACUGCUUAUCUAAUGCUAUUUAGAGAGUGAAGAUUCCUCACACAUCGAAGAAGUUUAAUGUCUUAACCUGAUUCCUGAAUUAACGAAUUAAUCAGUCAUUCAGUAAAUUAGCGGUACACCAGUCGGCUGAAAUAUGUUGUAUGUGAGAUCGAAUCUCACUAAGCUCAUUAACAUUUUCCUACUCCCAUUGUGACCAUGUCUAUAUAUUCUUACAUAUAUAUAUAGACAUCAUCACACAUAUUAAUAUGAAUAAGCAUGUACUUAGAAAGAUAGGCGCAUGCCCAUGUGUACGUAGGCGUACUUUGUGGGAGGAAUGAUGAGGGAUGUGACCAUGUGUAUGAGAGUUAGUGUGAGUGUUUAUACGGGUGACCGUUAGUAUAUAUGAUAGAUCGGUAACCACUUCACACAUGUUUUUCUCUCCUUGUUUCUCUCUUUGUUUCUUUCUGUGUUCCUUUCUGUGGAAGAGCGUAGGCUCGAAACGUUAAAGACAUUUUCAA